AUGAUGCUGUCCCAGCUGCAGUCUACGGCCGCACGUCGGCUGGUCCUGGGCAAGCUGCCUUGGAGCCCGCUUUCUCCAAGACACAAAUCAUCCGCCACAGUCGUUGGCCAAUCUAAGCCCUCAGUCAUUCGCAUUCCGACACGCAAGGUCUCUCUCUCCGACGUGGAGGGCGAGCUGCUCAUCUUCGAGCACAACAAUGGCCGAUUCUGGAAGUUUCAGUAUAUCAGCGCUCUAUUCCAGUGUGCGUUGAUGCUGACCUGUGGCGCAUUCGCAUACAGAGAAUUCAACUUUGGAGAAAAAUUCAUGUCCUGGCCUUGCUGGCAAGGCUCACUCCGGGCUCCACGGCUGCGAUCGCAUAUCCAGCUCGACCGCCUCGUCGUUCUGGAAACGAGUUCGGGGGCGGACUCUCGGACCCUGCUCGACGGCAUUGCGCCUACUCAAUCGCAGCUCGCAUCGCUAACGUUCCCCUUUGCUUCAAGAGCGCAGAAGAAGGACUCGGCAAUGCCGCGCUUCUUUGAGAAGUUUAGUCUUUCGGGCGAUGUUCCAUACUGGAUGAAGACAUAUGUCCCGCCAUCGUUUAUGGCCUUUGGAGUCUGCUUCCUUGGCUUUGUCCAUCUAUCGGCAUCAAGAUAUGUCCGCACGGCGUACAUCCGCAACAAGGGCUCUGAGAUUCUGCUGGAGACCAGCAACCUCGUCGGCAAAAAACUGCAUGUGGCCGAUGCCUACAAGGUCUCAAUUCGAGAGAAGAUUGUCACCAACCAGGGCAAGUCUCGGACAGAGGGAGCGGUUUCAUCCGAGGCCCCGUGGUAUCUCAGACCCUUCCACCAACACCGAAGCACCUACGUUGUGCUCCACACGGACCAGCAACGAUUGCUAAAGUUCAAGAUGGACCGCAGUGGCAACUUUGUGCGGCCCGAGUUCUUCGAUGCAAUGUUUUUCAAACCAUAGAUGCCAGUAAAGUGACUUGCGACGAGGACAAGCACGGCCAGUCCGGUAGGGCAGUGGGCCACCCAAGAAUGCACAACCAAGGCGGAUGUUGCUGCAGUAGGGGAGGGUACUGCGACAGAGCAUGAGCUUAUGCCCUGCCCUGCCCUGCCUCGAGCUACCAAGACAGGCGAAUGCUUGGUGUGUGAGCAGGACGACCACACAUGCGGCGACGUAUUUCUUAGGAUGCUCCACUCGAAGCGACCGGAUUGCAGCGAGACAUUCGUCUUUUGAAGAGUAGGAGGCGUCCCGUAUUCUCCCAUGUCCGCUGGGCAAGUUGGCCCUGUCCGAGCGAUUCUGUUGCUCUUGGACACAUUCAGCCCGCGGGGGCUUCAUUCGCGGUCCCCCAGCCCAGUUCGUCCUGGAUCGGCGCGUGCAAAAACCUCGCCCGCAGGCCCACGUCCCAGCCGGGAGCCUGGUGCAGACAUCGCAAGAAGGGCACA